AUGCUCGAUGACCGCGGCGGCAGCGUCGACUGGGCCACAGCUGGUGGCCUCAGCGGCGGCACCUUUGCUGUGAUGACGGUGAACAGGUUCCAGAAGGGCGAAGAUGGCGGAGGCGCGGUAGCGUGUGAUGGCCGCUUCCACAGCGACGACGACCUCAUUGUGGCACUGUCCUCGGGGUGGUACGCAGGAGGAAAGAGGUGUCACAAGACGAUCCGCAUCACGAGCAAGGACACCGGGCGCACCGUCGAGGCCCAGGUCGUGGACGAGUGCGACUCCCACAACGGCUGCAAGAAGAACAUCGUGGAUUCCUCUCCCGCCGUCUGGAAGAAGCUCGGGCUCCAUACUGAUGUCGGCGAGGUCCACAUCACCUGGUCCGACGCCUGA